AUGGACCUAGUCACGUCUGAUGCAGUUCGUACGGAGGGGUUGCCGGUGACCCGGUUCCCUGCUUCACCGGUUAGCGCGGGGUUUCCGUCAGGGACAGUCAUCCCUAGGCCGGAUGCAGUGGCCACGAUGUUUGAACACGUGUUGGCCUCCUUGGCGCGUUUUGAGUCGCGGAUGGACGAUUUUGAUCGUCAGUUGGUGCCGCCACGAUCGGACCAGGCGCAUACCCACGGUCUGCCCUCACAUUGGUUUACCGAUGCCUUGCCUCGCUCGGUUCCGCCGGCUAUCCCUACUCAAGCGGUUGUGACGGCUAUCCCAAAUACGCAAGGCUUGCGUGCGGGGACUCAGCCAUGGGUUCCGCCAGGGACAUGUGCGAGUUUCUCUUCGAUCAAUUCCGUGCCGAUUUCGGGGGCAGUAUCGGGCCCGGUGGAGGCUUUGGGGACAGGUUCGGACCCCGGAGCAGGUUGGGCAUCGUCGUGGGAGCCGCCAGGUACCCGCCUUGGGUUCAAUCGCCCGGCGCCGCGCCAGCCUACUUCGUGGGAUAAUCCGGCUUGGCAUAAUCACGGGGGUCACUGUGCAUGGGAGGAACCGCGAGAUGUGAAGAUGAAGCCGCCACGUUUCGGUGGUUCUGACGCGGUGAAUUGGAUUGCGCGGAUUCAAUAUUAUGUUGAUCAUCUAAUGAUGCCCGAAGCAUAUCGCCUGCACUAUGUGGUUAUGCUCUUCGACGGUCCAGCGGCAGAAUGGGUAUUCAACUAUCGGGCCAGCAACCCGGUUGCUCUCUGGGCCGAUUUCUUGGAGGAUGUGCGGCGUCGUUUUGAUCCGCAGUGUUUUGAGGAUUACCUGGGCUUGAUAGCGAAACUGGUCCAGACAGGGACGCUAGCUGAGUAUAAUGCGAUGUUCGAAUCAAUGAGGAAUCGGAUACCCAAUGUCCCCGAGUCCACGUUCUUGCCUAUUUAUGUAGCGGGUCUUCAACAACCAGUGCGGAGCCAGGUUAAACAUCAGCAUCCGCGUUCGGUGGCGGCCGCGAUGGCUCUCGCAAUCGAGUUUGAUGGCAGCACCGGCAAACCCACACCCCCAUCCGGCCCACAACGUCGCCAAUGGCCCCCCAGGGACCAGAAAGUUCCCCCCUCGGCUGGGCCACAGCAGCCGGUUCAGGCCCAGACGGCAACGAGGCCGGUUUAUGCCAGGGGGCCGGAAUAUUCGAAGCUACCAGUGAUCCAUCUUACACCGGCUCAGCGAGCAGAUCGCACCCGUCGUGGGGUAUGUAUUUAUUGCGAAGAGAAGUGGGGUCCUUCUCAUGCGUGUAAGCGGCCCUUCUUGGCCUAUAUGGGUGGUGACGCUGAGGACGAGGCAGAGGAUCCGAUUUUCACGGAAGACCCACCGGAACAGCAGGAGGUGAUAACAGCUGAUCUUUCGCACAUCUAUGCGCUAGACGGCAGACAGCGACCGGAGGUGAUGGAACUGCGGGGCACUAUCGGAGCUGAGCCGGUGGUUGUCCUCGUUGAUACAGGCAGCUCUCAUGAUUUCUUGCACCCCAGAAUCGCGCAGAAGCUCGCGCUACCGCUAACGGCGGUUAAGCCCUUUCGUGUGUAUGUUGGUAAUGGGGCGUCGUUGGUAUGUUCGCAUGUGAGCUUACGAACCCGGGUGGUGAUCCAAUCGCACGUGUUCUUGAUCAAUUUGCACGUCCUUCCGAUCCAUGGUCCGGACGUGAUUCUUGGCUUGGCUUGGCUAAAGUCUAUGCGACGUGUGACUAGUGAUUUUGUCGAUGGAACCCUGGAGUUUGUGCGGGAUGGCGUGCCCAUUUGUUUGAAGGUGACCCCACCGAUCUCCCGGCAGGUCACAAUGAAGACCGCCGCCAGCCUGUUGUCGUUGCGAGGGGAAGCGGAGAUGUUCGAGUUAGUAGCGGUGCCCCGCACGGAGGACCGAGAGGCGGUCACGGCCGAGGCGGCAUUCCCGGCCAACUUGGACCCUAUGGUCUUGUCCGUUUUGCGUUCACAUGAGGAUGUGUUUCGUGCCCCGACAGGCGUGCCACCAACCCGCCCGUUCGACCACCGCAUUCAUUUACUUCCGAACUCCAAACCGAUUAGUGUGCGUCCAUAUCGCUACCCAUAUUUCCAGAAGAAUGAAAUCGAACGACAGGUGAAGGAGAUGCUAGCCUCGGGCAUUAUACGGCCUAGCCAGAGCCCGUUCUCUUCUCCUGUGUUGCUUAUUAGAAAAAAGGAUGGGACGUUUAGAUUCUGUAUUGACUACAGAGCAUUGAACACAGCAACGGUGCCUGAUCACUUCCCUAUACCUACCGCGGAUGAGUUAUUUGACGAGCUGGGGGCGGCCCGUUUUUUCACAAAAUUAGAUCUACGCUCAGGGUACCAUCAGAUCAGGAUGCACACGGAUGACGUUUUCAAAACGGCCUUUCGAACUCACGACGACCAUUUUGAGUUCCUCGUCAUGCCGUUCGGUUUGACUAAUGCUCCGUCGACAUUCCAGUCGGCCAUGAAUGCCAUCUUUAGACCACUGCUGCGCACCUUUUUUAUCGUAUUCUUCAACGACAUCUUGGUCUAUAGCCCGACGCUGGAAUCUCACGUGCGCCACAUGCACGAGGUCCUCACCAUUCUGAAGUCUAAUCGGUUCUUUGUUAAACUAUCCAAAUGUGUUUUCUGCAGCACCACAGUAGACUAUUUGGGGCAUCUAAUUGCGGAGGGACAAUUGAGAGCCGACCCGGAGAAAAUUACCGCCAUGGUCGCGUGGCCGACGCCGUCCACGAUUAAGCAGCUGAGAGGGUUCUUGGGGCUUACGGGUUAUUAUCAGAGGUUUAUCGCGCAUUAUGCGACCCUAGCUGCCCCUUUGACGGAACUAUUGAAGAAGGACGCUUUCGUCUAG